CGCAGAUCGAGAGAUUUGGGUUUGCUCCACUCCAGCCUCAUCCGCCUGAACUGGACGGACCGGCUCGUCCGGAGACGAGCGUCAGUCUGCGACUUCCAGCAUUACCAAGAGGUCUUGCCAAGAGGUGGCUCUGCACUUGGGCACCUGCUUCCUUGAAUACUGUGUUGGGUACUUCAUAGCAAGAUUUAAUCAGAAGAUACAAAAAUGACUGAUAUUGACCAGCUCAAGAAAAAGGUGGAUGAAUAUUAUGGUGAAAUGAAAUACAAGGAAAUUGCAGAUUGCUUGGAGGCUCAUAAGAACAGUGACGAUGUGGGUCUACUGUGGCGACUGGCGCGUGCCAACUAUGAGCUGCAGAAGUCGCUGUCCUCGGACUCGGCUCGGCUGGAGGCGCUCCAGGGCACCUUCUCUGUGGUGGAGCGAGCGCUCACCAUCGAUUCAGAGGAUCCCAAUGCGCACAAGUGGAUGGCCAUCUACAUGAAUGCCAUCACCAAAAUCCAAGGCUCGAAGGCGCAGAUUGAAAAAGGACAGGCCAUCAAGGAGCAUAUGCUGAGGGCGUGCGAGCUGGGCUCGGAGGACCCGACCAACUGGCACCUGAUCGGAAUGUGGGAGUUCACGGUCGCCGACAUCUCCUGGGUGAUGCGGAAGCUUGCCACUGUGGUGUACGGAGAGCCGCCCAAAGCCACCUUCGAGGAGGCGCUGGAGCACUUCAACAAGGCUGAGGAGAUGGCUGACGGUUUCAGCCAGCAGAGCGCCGGUCAGGGACUCGAGUGGCCCAUCAGGAGUCGGAAUUUGUUGAUGAUUGCCAAGUGUCACCAGAAGUUGAAGGAUAACGCCAGUGCCAUCAAGUACCUGCAGAUGGUCAUGGAGAGAGACGCCAAACACUCGGAGGAUCAGGAGGCAAAGACAGAGGCUGCCAGUCUGCUAAAAAGCCUCCGUUAGCUAAUCAUGAGCUUAGUGAAGGUGCACCUCAGCUUCAAAAGACAGCACGUGGAGGACAACGGCGCACAUAACGGGGAAACGGGGCCUGACCUGGGGCAGCAGUGCCUAUCCGAGCUUCAACUGGUGUUUAGCCAUAUCAAUUGCGUUAUUCGUUUGAUACAAAGCUUUACAGCGAAACAGACGAUAUGUUGCCAGUUUUUUUUUUACUUUUAUAUGCCGAAUCACUGUUACUAUAAAGUGACCUUUUCAGUACCUUUUCAGAUUUUUCUAGCCGGCAUUUACGCCACUUUUUUCGAAGCAUUUACGUUCUCGUAUAUUUACCUGGUGAUCUGUUUUUUUUUUUUUUUUAGAAGCAUAAUCGUUUUGACUUGUGUAACGUAUAGGUACGCACUUUGAUUUCGUUUAAG